CAACGAAAUCCAAACCAAAACCAAAGCCUGCUCCUUUUUGGUAAAAAAAAAAUCAAACUUGACCUGCUUUGAUGGUUUUAAUCUCAACCCAAUUCUUCAUUUCUGAUUCUCAACUCAUAGUGAGGUGAAAGGGGAAGCCUUUUCAUAGUUUAGGGUUAGGUAUUGGGGAAGAAGAAGAAGAAGAAGAAGAAGAAUCAUCAUCAUCCAAUUUAUCUGAUAUUAUGCAAAUUUGGAAUCUUGGGUUCAGUUUUUGAUCAAAGUUUGAGUCUUUUGCUUUUGGGUUUUACUUUCUUGAUAUAUCAAAGAUGGGAUUUGAGGUUUCUGAUGAGCUAUUGGGAACUUUCGUCCCAGUUUUGGUAUAUUGGGCUUAUUCUGGGAUUUAUGUGUUGCUGGAUUCGUUGGAGAAGUAUCGACUGCACACCAAGAAAGAUGAGGAUGAGAAGAAUUUGGUGUCCAAGAGAACCGUCGUCAAAGGCGUUCUUCUUCAGCAGACCAUUCAGGCCAUUGUUGCUAUCAUUUUGUUCACGGUGACAGGAGAUGAUGGUGCAGCUGCAGGUGCAAAGCAUUCUUUGAUAGAUCUAGCAAGACAGUUUGUUACUGCAAUGUUGGUUUUGGAUACGUGGCAAUACUUUAUGCACAGAUACAUGCAUCACAACAAGUUCUUGUACAAGCAUAUCCAUUCUCAACAUCACCGGCUUGUUGUGCCCUAUGCAUUUGGAGCUCUUUACAAUCACCCUGUAGAGGGUCUUCUCCUUGAUACAAUUGGUGGGGCCUUAUCUUUUCUCCUCUCUGGUAUGUCUCCUCGAGCCUCCAUAUUCUUCUUCUCCUUUGCCACCAUCAAGACAGUAGACGAUCAUUGCGGAUUAUGGCUUCCUGGGAACCUCUUCCAUGUACUUUUCAGAAACAAUACUGCUUACCACGACGUCCACCAUCAGCUCUAUGGAAACAAGUAUAACUUCUCCCAGCCAUUCUUUGUGAUGUGGGAUAGAAUACUUGGUACCUAUAUGCCGUACUCAUUGGAUAAGAGAACAGGUGGGGGAUUUGAAGUACGACCUGUAAAAGAAGUGAAGGAGAUUUGAUUCUUACCAAGGAACACGAAUGCUGUAAAAGAAGUGAAGGAGAUUUGAUUUUUACCGAGGAACACGAAUGCACUUGAAUCGAUUGUACCAGUAUUAUUCUUUUCCUCUUAGGGAACCACACUGCCUAUAUUGUGUAUAUACAUUUAAUGUUGUGCCUUAUUCUUCUGAGUUCCUUUUCGAAUGAGUGUUAAAAACUUAGUGUUAUGGAAUUGAGAAUUCUUGUACCCCACAGUAGCUCUGGUGGCUUCAGUUGUUACAGGCUAUGUUGUUAUGAAGUAUAUUUGUUUUUGGAUCUGAUAUGGAACAACUGCCAUUUUAACU